AGAAGUUUCUCCUGUGAAAGAGAGCAUUUGCAGAGAAGUGUUGGAUCUUGGCUUACAAAGAAUGGAAGAGUACAAAGUGCUGAAAGUACUGGGAGAGGGAUCGUUUGGGAGAGCUCUCCUAGUUCAUCAUGCAAGCAGUAAUCAAAAGUACGCAAUGAAGGAAAUAAGACUUCCAGUGUUGUCAUCCAAUGUAGAGAACUCCAGGAAGGAAGCUGUUCUGUUGGCUAAAAUGAAACAUCCCAAUAUUGUUGCUUUUAAAGAAUCGUUUGAAGCUGAUGGACAUCUUUAUAUAGUGAUGGAAUAUUGUGAUGAUGGAGAUCUAAUGCAGAAGAUUAAGCAUCAAAGAGGAAAGCUGUUCUCUGAAGAUACGAUCCUUCACUGGUUUGUACAAAUGUGCCUGGGUGUGAAGCAUAUUCAUGAUAAACGUGUGUUGCACAGGGAUAUCAAGUCUAAAUGUAAGAAACAAGUAGAAUUUGUAGAAUUUGUAUAUUUUUUUUUCUACUGUUGUCCAGUGUCAUAUGCUUGCAGCUAUGUGGGGACUCCUUACUAUGUGCCUCCAGAAGUGUGGGAAAGCUUGCCCUACAACAACAAGAGUGAUAUAUGGUCUCUGGGAUGCAUUUUAUAUGAGCUGUGCACUCUUAGACAUCCAUUUCAAGCCAAUAGCUGGAAACAUCUCAUCCUUAAGAUAUGCAAAGGAUCCUACAUCCCACUGCCCUCUCACUAUUCCUAUGAGCUUCAUUACUUAAUAAAGCAGAUGUUUAAGAGAAAUCCCAAGAACCGUCCAUCAGCCACUACUAUUCUUGAAAGAAGUUGCUUAACCAAGCUUAUGAAAAAUUGUCUGCCUUCUGAGAUGACAUCUGCACUAGAACAAACGUUAGAGGAAACCAGGAAACAUGAAGGCAGUGCAGCAAGACCGAAAGGUAACACUACAGCUGGUGAAAGCUUAAACAGCAAGAAAAUAAAUAGGCAAAGUAAAGAACCUAGUAGCAAAAGUAGCCCCUUGCAACAGGAAAAUAUCGCCAAGGAUUUGAAUGAAAACCCACAUGAGCGAGGGAAAUCUUGUGACGAGGAAACUUCUGAAGAGCCCCCAGGAAUUACUGAUUUGUCACAUCCUCUCAGGAGGCAAUGGGAGAAAAAGAUAUCCAAUACUGUAGUGGAUGUCCUGGAGAAAACAUCUUUGCUUUCAUCCAGUUUUACAUCCAGUUUUACGUCUGAAGAGAGUAAAGGUGGCUGCGUUACAAACUACAGUGAAAAUAAACCACGUAAGCAGUGGAACAAGGAAACUCCUCAGACCCUAAUGAACAUUCUCAGUAAUGCAGAUGUCAGCUUAGCAUUUAAAACAUACACGAUUUAUAAACCAGCUUCUGGAAAUAUAUUAAAAGGGCCACUUUGUGAUGGAACUGAAGCAUCCGAUGAAGUAGAUGGUGAACUUGAAGCUAUUAUCACUGAUUUGGAGAGACUUGAGCCUGAAAGUGAUGAAGAUGACACGUAUGUCCAAAUAGCAUCCUUCUAUUUUUGUUUUCUUUGA